UCCGCCCCGCCCCCAUCGCCGGCGUCACCGCCAUCGGUCCUCCUCUUCUCCACGCCUCCAGUGAUCGAUCAUAAGAAUCAUAGGCCAGCUGAUACUGUGGAGGAUUUUCAUAGUGACCGUGAUAUAUCAACUGAAGUUACUGAACCUGUUAAAGCUAGGACAGGAAGGUGGGAAAGAAUAACCUUUAAGAUUGUCUUGUCAUAUCAUGGAUGGUCAUUUGAUGGGUGGCAAAAGCAGCCUGGUUUGCACACUGUUCAAGGAGUUGUAGAACAAUGUCUUGGCAGGUUUGUCGAUGAGAAGAAAGCUAAGCAAUUAAAAGAGAAGUCCAUGCCUGUUGAAGGAUGUAUUGUUGUUGCUGGACGCACAGACAAGGGAGUGACUGCACUGCAACAAGUUUGUUCAUUUUAUACCUGGAGAAAGGAUGUCAGUUGUGGCGAUAUAAUGCAUAGCAUCAAUGAAGUAGCUCCAGGAAAGAUUAGAGCUUUGGAAGUCACUGGGGUUUCACGUGUAUUUCAUCCCAAUUUUGCAGCUACAUGGAGGCAAUACUUUUACAUUCUUCCCCUUAAUGAUAAUGAAGAAUUAAUCACAAGGUGUUUUGAAGGGCACUGGUCAAAUAGCUCCAUUGGGUGUGAGGAUGAUCAGAUGAAUGAACUGCAGGAAAACCAUUCAGUUGAGAAAGAGCAGCAAUUAACUUUCUCCCAUCUAAAUGAAGAUGGCUGCCCAGGUAUUUCUGAAUUAAAACCAAGGAGCUUUAGUAUAAGCAAGGUGGACCAACUCCUACAACAGCUUGAAGGAAAGUCAUUAUCAUACAAAAUGUUUGCACGUGAUACAAAAGCUUCAAGAAGCAGUGGACCUGCUACAGAGUGCUUUAUGUUUCAUGCUCGUGCUGCAGAAACUAAAAUCCGCUGCAACCUUGAGGAUUAUGAAAAUUGCCAAAGGGUGAUGUGUGUGGAGCUUGUUGCAAAUCGCUUCCUGAGGAAGAUGGUUCGUGUUCUCGUGGCAACUGCCAUUAGAGAGGCAGCCGCUGGUGCGGAUGAUGAUGCUUUAAUUAAGCUGAUGGAUGCUACAUGUAGGCGUGCUACAGCUCCUCCUGCCCCUCCUGAUGGUCUCUGUCUUCUUAAUGUCGGUUAUGGAGAAUUCAAAGAAAAGUUUUGCUUGAUUAGAUGAGGCUCAUUAACUUA